UUUCUCCUCCUCUAGAGCUUUCGCGCUCUCUCUCAAAUCUCAAUCUCAGAUUCUCUAUCUCUUCCUUUGUCUCCAUCUUCUUCAUUUCAAAACCCUCCGAAAUUCUCACUCCCCGAAACAAUGAGCCUGACCCCAAAAAUGUCCACCCAAACUAACCACCGCCUCAUCUCCUCCUUCACCCCUUAUUUCUCGCCCAGCCACGUUUUCCAGAUCCGCGAGUUCCGCGUCUACCGGCGCCGGAGACUGAAGCAGAACCAGAAGCUCAAUCUCCGGAGCCAGCUCGGAGGAAGCCCUAGUUUCCAUGACUUCGUUUCGCAAUUCCCCUCCCCCAAUUCAUUGGAAUUCGUCGCUCCGGCGAUCGGCCUCGUCUCCGGCGCCGCGCUGUUCCUGUCUAAUUUCUCGAAUUCUUCUUCGGCGAAGGGGAAUCAAAGCUCCUCCGACGAGGCGUCCGUGAUCGGGGAGUGGCUGCUGUUGACCAGUCCGACGCCGUUUAACCGCUCCGUCCUGGUGAGGUGUCCGUCGAUAUCGUUUGACCUGUUGGAUGAGAAGCUGGUGAAGGAAGACGGCAACUUCGUGAGGGUGAAUUCCGGUAGAAUUCACUUCAAUAUCGAGAGUGAUAAUGGCGUUGGAGACAGAUUGGAGUAUCAGAGACUGUGUGUGAGGACGGACGACGGAGGAGUCGUGUCGUUGGAUUGGCCGGCGAAUUUGGACCUUGAAGAAGAGCAUGGAUUGGACACCACCUUGAUUCUCGUGCCUGGCACCGCCCAGGGUAGCAUGGACCCAAACGUCAGGUCGUUUGUGUAUGAAGCUCUCGUCCGGGGCUGUUUUCCGAUCGUCAUGAACCCUAGGGGUUGUGCUGGUUCGCCUCUCACCACGCCACGGUUAUUUUCAGCUGCUGACAGCGAUGAUAUCUCCACUGCUGUACAGUUCAUAAAUCAGGCGAGGUCAGGGACCACUUUGGUGGGUGUUGGCUGGGGUUAUGGCGCAAACAUGUUGACAAAGUACCUGGCUGAAAUCGGGGAGAGCUCACCACUUACAGCCGUGACCUGCAUAGACAACCCUUUUGAUUUGGUGGAGGCCACCAAGUCCUCUCCUCAUCAAAUGACCCUUGAUCAGCAGCUCACUGAUGGACUCAUUGAUAUUCUGAGGUCGAACAAGGAACUAUUUAAAGGAAAAACAAAAGGGUUUGACGUAGAGCAAGCACUUUCAGCAAAAUCUGUCCGUGAAUUUGAAACAGCAAUCUCCAUGGUAUCUCAUGGUUUUGAUGCCAUUGAAGAUUUUUAUUCGAAAUCAAGUACAAUAGGUGUGGUUGGGAAUGUGAAGGUUCCUGUUUUAUUUAUACAGAAAGACAAUGAGUCAGCACCACCAUUCUCAAUUCCAAGCAGUUUAAUAGCAGAAAAUCCAUUUACAAGCCUACUGUUGUGCUCCUGUUUGCCUUCUCGUGCCAUUGAUGGUUGUACUGCUCUAUCUUGGUGCCAGCACCUAACCAUUGAGUGGCUCACAGCAGUGGAGCUUGGACUUUUGAAGGGUCGCCACCCUCUUCUUCAAGAUGUGGACAUAUCCUUCGAGCCUUCAAGAGAAUUAGCUCAUGAAGAAAGUGAUACUGCUGCUAGCUUCUGGUUAAAAUCCAGAAAGGAUUCUUCAAAUGGAUAUACCAUGAGUGAGUCAGAUUCUUUAAAUGGAUAUACGACAAAUACUGCGAAGAAAAGGUUUGGAGAAACUGAUACUGCUGCUAGCUUUUGGUUAGAAUCUAAAAAGGAUUCAUCGAGAAAGUCAGAGGCUGAACAAACAGGGUUGCAGGAUGUGGAAAAUGGUGCACUGGAUCAGAUUCACUCUGAUGAUCCUGAGUUGGUCAAUGAGGAGGGAGUCAGUCCUGCAGAUGGUGAAAGAGGUCAAGUGUUGCAGACAACUCAAGUUGUUAUGAACAUGCUUGAUGUAACCAUGCCAGAUAUUCUAACAGAAGAAAAGAAGAAGAAGGUCUUAGCAGCAGUUGAUCAAGGAGACACACUAAUGCAAGCUUUGCAAGAUGCAGUGCCGGAAGAUGUUCGCGGGAAGAUAACAGCUGCUGUAACUGGUGUUUUACAUGCUCAAGGUCCAAACCUAAAAUUUGAUCAGCUCCUGGGUGCUGCUCGAAUUCCUGAUAUAUCAUCAGGUUUAAAGUCAAAGAUCCAAGAUGAAGGAAUUUCAAGUUCAGAAGGUGCACAUGAAGACCAUUUUUCUUCUGAUCUGUUGAAUAAGUCUGAUGAUUUGUUGGAUAGCUCUGUUGACAGUCAACCAGUUGUGAAUAAGCCUCCUGGGGAACUAGAAUCGGAGUCUCAUCCCUCAGAGCAAUCACCAAAAAUUUCUACUGUAGAUCAAUCAUUGAGCACUGAUGGAAGCGAUGAUUCUGGUUCUAUCAUUAAGGAUACUACUGAAUCCGGAAGUUCUGACCCUGAACAUCUUAACAAUAGUGAGAAGGGAUCAGAGCACACUAAGCCUAGCAAUUCCACUGGAAUUGCUGGUUCUGCUGAGGGAGCAAUUGUUGAGGAGGAGAGAGACCAAGAUGGUAGAGCUGCUGAAUUAGACACAAAAGAUGAGGAAGGUAAUGAUAAUCAAAAGAGGGAAAACAAGAAUACGCAGCCUGUAAUAGAUCAAAGUAAGUCUAAUACAUCUGAUUCUAAUGCCCCGGAACCUAAUGCCCCGGCACCUAAUGCCCCGGCAUUUAGUGUUUCUGAGGCAUUUGAUGCCUUGACAGGGAUGGAUGAUUCCACCCAAUUGGCAGUUAACAAUGUUUUUGGGGUUUUAGAAAAUAUGAUAACUCAAUUGGAGGAGAAUUCUGAACAUGAAAAUGAAGUGAACAAAGGUGAUUCUGCAUCUGUAAAGGACCAUCCUGGUGGUGACAGUAGUCAAGAAGAUUCAGAAGCCAGUAAGUCGGACCAGAGUGUACAUAUUGAUGGAUUAAGCAAUAUUUCUGUAUCCAAUGGGCAUGUGAAUGCUAUGGACCAGCAGCCUGAGGCAUCAAAUGUCUUGGAAGAGAAAUGUGCUCAAAGCCCUGUAUCAGUUAAUGGAAAUGGUAUCAGCAGUUCACAUACAAGUGACAAAGUUAACCAUGUAGCUGAGGAUAAAAAUGAAAUGAGGGAUCAGUUGGUUGGUAUCAAUCGCGUAAACAAUGUACCACCUUGCUUAGCUGCAAUACCACCUUGCAUAACUUCGAUCUCUAGUGGGGUGCAUAAUUAUCUUCUUUCAAAGGUGCGUGCCCAAUCACUAGAUUUAGAUUCAACUGCUGCUCUAUUGCUGGACUAUUUUCCAGAAGAAGGUCAGUGGAAACUCUUAGAACAACCUGGACAUGUUGGAAGUUCUGUUGGCGAUGUGGCUGCUCAGAAGGUUGAGGCACAUAAACCUGUUGAUGAUGAAAUUAUUGAGCCAUCUUAUGUAAUAUUAGAUUCAGAAAAGCAUCAGGAGCCAGUAAAAGAAUAUGAAGCAGUGGAUAGUGUGGAGGAGAGAGUUGAAAUUGGUGAAGAUGAAAGAGAGGACUUUGGGGAGUUUGUGAGAAAUAUUAUAUUGGAUAAUUUGAUGGUUGAAGUUGGUCGCAGACAAAGUGCUGCUGACAUAAAAAAAAUGGAACCCUAUCUUACCAGAGAAUUGGAACAAGUGGCUAAUGCUGUAUCGCUUUCUGCUGGACAUGCCUGUGAUCCACGUUUGGAAGUUAAAUACCAUAGUAUUGGCUCAGAAAAAGUUGGUACUCUUCAUGGAGAGCAUGUGAUUAAGGCCAUAUCAUCUGCUGUUCAAGAGACUAGCUUCUUGAGAAGAGUAGUGCCAGUUGGUGUUAUAGUAGGCUCAAGCUUAGCUGCACUGAGAAAAUAUUUCAUUGUGGCCACGGUGCGUGAUAGUAGCCAAAUAGAACCUCCGAUCAAUAGUCAAGCCAAAAUGUCUGGAGAAAAUGAUCUAGCUAAGGUUAGAGGCACAGAGAUUCACCACAUGCCUGUUGAUAAAUCUGACCAUAUUACAAGGUUGGACAGUUUGGUUGAUAGGAAAGAGGAAAAGACGGAGUUGAAGAAUAUAAGCAACAGUGUUAUGGUUGGUGCCGUUACAGCUGCCCUUGGGGCGUCUGCUUUAUUGGCGGAGCACCAGGAUUCAAUCACAGGCAAUGAAACUUCUGAGAGUUCAUUCGAGUCCAUCAAGAUGAAUGAUAAUGGUCAGAUGGAGCCUGACAACCAUGAGGACGCAUCUGACAAACACCAAAGUAACAUUGUCACAAGCCUUGCUGAGAAAGCUAUGUCAGUUGCUGGCCCUGUCGUACCCAAGAAACAAGAUGGUGGACUGGACCAAGAAAGAUUGCUCUCAAUGUUGGUUGAUUUGGGACAAAGGGGUGGCAUGUUGAGGCUAGUUGGCAAACUUGCUCUGCUCUGGGGUGGUAUGCGUGGUGCAAUGAGCUUGACUGACAAGCUAAUCCAAUUUCUUCAUCUAUCUGAGCGUCCCUUGAUCCAGAGGAUUUUGGGGUUUGCUGGUAUGACGCUUGUUUUAUGGUCACCAAUUGCUGUUCCACUCCUCCCAACAUUUAUGCAGAGCUGGGCAACUAAUACCCCCUCCAGAAUUGCUGAUCUUGCUUGCAUUAUUGGCCUCUACGCUGCAUUUAUGAUACUUGUUAUGUUAUGGGGAAAAAGAAUACGUGGAUAUGAAGAUCCACUUACGGAAUAUGGGCUUGAUUUGACGUCAUUGCCAAAGUUGUUCGAUUAUUUCAAGGGGUUGAUUGGUGGAGUGGUGCUUGUUUUGUCAAUACAAUCUGCAAAUGCAUUACUUGGCUGUGUGAAUAUCUCUUGGCCUUCUACUCCAUCUUCUUUGGACGCUAUGAAAUUGCUCUCAGUGUAUGGACAUGUACUUAAGUUGGUUGGUCAAGGUAUUAUGACAGCAACUGGUAUUGCUCUUGUGGAAGAAUUGUUCUUCAGGUCUUGGCUGCCUCAAGAAAUUGCUGCAGAUCUUGGAUAUCAUCAAUCUAUAAUUUUAUCUGGACUUGCAUUCUCUUUAUGCCAGAGGUCUUUAUGGGCAAUACCGGGACUGUGGCUGCUAUCUGUGAGUUUAGCAGGUGCUCGGCAAAGAAACCAAGGCAGCCUUUCCAUUUCUAUUGGCUUGCGCGCAGGAAUAAUUGCUUCAAGUUUCAUCUUACAGAGGGGUGGUUAUCUAACCUACCGGGCUGACUCUCCCCUUUGGAUUAUUGGAACGCACCAAUUCCAACCAUUUAGUGGGUUAACUGGUUUUGCAUUCGCUUUAUUCUUGGCAAUAAUUCUAUACCCGAGAGAGCCUCUGCCUACAAAGAUUAUGGAAAUUACAGACUGAGGAAUGAAUAUACCAGAGACUGAUGAACAUGCUUUUGACAAUGCCGAGGCAUUUUGAAUGGUGCAGCAUCAGCAUGGCAGCUUCAUUGUUGACUUGUUGCUUACUGAUUCUGCUGGUUUUAAGUGUUUAAACCCCGAAACCAGGAACAGCCUCGGGUUACGGGGAAGCAAGUAUGAAAAAUUGUACGAAAGGCCAGAUUCAGAGGUAGAAAGGAAAGUUGAAAGUGCAUCAUUGUAGCUUUUGAUCUCUCAUGCCACAGGGUCACCAAGGCUGUAUACAUACAAUCUCAAAGGUGGUAGGCAAAUUCUGUGACUAGGAAAUGAGCUCAUGUCUUCAAUCUUUAUGCCCGUAUGGUUGCCUCAAGUGCUCUUGAGUUUACCUUCAGCUCAUUUUGCUUCUUCCUCGUCACUAUACGUGUAUAGAGAAGGUACUGCAUAUAGUCUAGGUGUCGAUUUUACUGUAUAUAGAAGGUACUGCAUAUAGUCUAGGUGUCGAUUUUACUGUACAUCUGUAAUUCCAAAGUCCGAAAGCCAAAAGUUGAAGGCCAGUUUUGUUGUUGAAGGUACGUAUCCGUCAUAUGUUUCAAAGUAAAUAUCAACUACACAUCAACUCCAGGAAGAUGGCAUUGGUGUAAUUGAGAGGCCUUCAUGCAGCUUCAGACUAACAUGGACUGAAUUCGGAAAUACGUCAUAGUUUCAUCUUUCAUAA